GUUAUUACCUUGGUAUGUGCUUUGCUGCACCUGAAAAACAUCUUUGUUUUUUCUACCUGGCUUCAAAAGAGUGGAAAACUUUCUUCUUCUUUGCUGUUCUCCUGCCAGCAAUCACCAGUGCCCUGGCAUAUUACUGGUCACGGAAAGGUUGGAAUAAUCAUCCGCUAGCCCGGACACUCGCUGUUCAUGCCCUCCCACAGUCAGGCUGGAGGACAGUGGCUUCUUCCAUCAACACAGAAUUCAGGAGAAUCGACAAAUUUGCUACGGGAGCGCCAGGAGCCAGGGUGAUCGUCACGGACACGUGGGUGAUUAAAGUGACCACCUACUGUUUGCAUGUUGCCCAGCAGCAGGACAUUCACUUGACGGUGACGGACUCCAGACAGCACGAGCUCACCCCAGACUCCAACGUGCCCGUGCAGUUCCUGACCAUCCGCGUUGCCAGCAUUAAUCCCUACGUCAAGGCGUUCGAUAUCCGGUUGAACUCCACCGAGUAUGGGGAGCUCCGGGAGAAGCUCCGUGCUCCUAUCAUCAAUGCAGCUAAUGUUGUGAUCCAUCAAAGCCUUAGUGAUUUAUUUUUAGAAACCUUUACAUCUCUGGUGGAAAUAAACCAGACAUACCACGUUCCAAGCGCUCAGGAGCUGGAGCCUUGCAUAGGCUGUAUGCAGACCAUUGCCAACAUCAAGCUCAUCAAGAACUGCCAGGAGCCCAACGAGGGGGAAUGCCAGCAGUGCUACUGCCGGCCCAUGUGGUGCCUCACCUGCAUGGGCAAGUGGUUUGCCAGCAGGCAGGACCAGCAGCACCCUGAGACCUGGCUGUCCAGCCAAGUGCCUUGCCCGACUUGCCGAGCCAAAUUUUGCAUCCUAGAUGUUUGCCUAAUACGAUGAAUAGUAAACUUAGUAUGUUUUAACUUUUUUAAUUUGACUGUGUUUCAUAGUGGCUUUGGUUUAAGGCCUGCUAGAUCAGUUUCUGAGACUUCAUGUUCAACCAGGGUACAAACUCUAUAAAGGUUUCUUUUACAGUGUUGAAAACAGAUGUAAAUCUUUUUCAGUUCCUUUCCACUUUUACUUUAUCUGUGGAUUUUACUCACAUGAUGUCAGCUUCUGGAUUUUAAUUUUCUUUAAACCCCUGUUUUCCUUUCUUACAUUUUGGAUGGAAUAAGGUUAUCCUUCUAUAUUUGCAGUACUGUUGUUUUUUCAGGUUUUAACGUAGGUUAAAUUCUUUAUAUUUUUAAAUUUAACUUGGGUUUUGAUUCUUUAAUAAAGGGCUAACUGA